AUGGAGCAUCACUUGCGUACAGAAGCACUUAAAAGUAUUGACAAAAAUUUGCACGAAGUUCAAGUCGUGGUCAUUGUUCUUACACGUGGACUUGCUCAAAAAGUAACAGAACAGCUUAACUCAGAUGCAGGAAAGCUAGUGUGCUUGCCAUGCAUUAACGACCGUAGAUUCGAAGUACAGAUUGAUGAGAUGAAUGAAGGAAAUUAUCACAUUGUCGCAGGCACGUUAGGAAGAGUUGAUGUUUUAUUCUACAGGAAUGGAUUAAAACCACUAUUCAUCAAAGAAUUAUACAUCCUCGAUUCAAUUGCAAUGGUUAAUUUCCCUCUGAAACGAUCGUUGGAACGAGUAUUAGGUUUUAUUCAAAAACAUAUUCAUAUAACUUUGCACUUGCCACCAAGCUUACCGAUAGUAAACCAAAUACGAGACUUCACAGGAAAUGUCGCCUGUUAUAGUAUUAAUGCAAAUCUUAUUGCAGCAAAUCAUUUCGCAUUGCAAGUGACUGAUGAGGCCCGAAAAGUAGAUGUAUUAUGUAAUUUGUGUCAAAUGACCACUUCCGUACCAAUACUAAUUUGCUGCAAAAUGGAGGGCACUGCAUUUUUAAACGCGCAAAUACUAAGAAGUCGAAAUAUGCCAGUGAUUACUCUGACUGGAAGUUUAUCACCAGAUGAAUUACAAAACGCAAUAGAUACAUUCCAAUCUUGCCAUGUGAAUAUUAUGAUUGCUACAGGAUAUGUCAGAGGCUUGAUAGAUUUGAAUAUGCCUAUGGUUAUUAUCAAUUAUGAUCUACCGAAACCCGAUGCAUAUGCUCGGAGGGUGAAUUUUACUCGUGAAACCUGGAUAGCUAAGAAUACCGUAUUCAUAACGCUAAUUAAAUUAAACGAAAGAAAUAAAAUACGCAAGUUAAGAAAAGACCUCGAACUACGUUGGAUUCUUGAAAUGUAUUCGCACUAG